GGGGGGAAUGGAGCCUGAUUUCUCUGGUCCCUACAUCAUUACUUCUGUUUGUGGGAAGCUUGUGAAUCUUAAAAACCAAGAGGGAGCUUCCCUAAAAUCCAAAAUCAGCAUUUCCCACCUUAAACCUUACAAAAGAAGCAAUAAUGGUUUAAGAUCAGAAUCUACACAGCAAGCAGACAACGGCAGUAGGAGACAGUCAGUUAUUUAUUUUACCCCAAGAACUGUUCCAAUGGUCCAAGAAAAUUCGACAUUGGACCAUGUACCAAAACCCAGAAGCACACAAGAAGAAGUGCUGAGACUCUGGUCGUCAAAGGACCUUGGGCGGGUGGAAGCAGUUGUUGGUCCCUAUAAAUUGUACAGUUCUUCUUUUAGGACGCUGCAGGUAGAUGGGUGGCUGGCUGACGAGGUCAUUGAUGCGUACCUGUACCACCUAAUUGAAGCACACAAGAUGCCUGUGUAUCAUCUGAGUGCAGUUGUGGCUUCCGCUCUGUUUGCUGGGCAGUUCAGGUGUCUCAGUAAAAUGAAGUUUCCAGUUCAGGAUACCUGGCUCUGUCCUGUAAAUACGGGAGCACACUGGAUUCUUGGGAUCGUCACCAUGUCGAAGAUGGCACUGAAAGUCGUUGACCCGAUGGGACAGGAAAGUGCCCUUGAAAGGAAAAUUCGAAGGAACUGGAAGAAUUUCCUGAAGACGUUGGAUCACAAGGACCACAGUGCUGAAUGGCAUGUGCUUUCGAUGAAGCACAACCUACAGCAGGACUCAAGCAGCUGUGGAGUAUUGGUGUUAAAGUUUUCCGAAGCUUUUUUAUUGACUGGGGACAUCAGCAAACUGGAGACAACGCAUGCAGCUAUCAGCAGUGCACGCAUGGACAUUGCAUGUACUUUGCUUGAAUGUCGAGGCAACGCAGAAGACUACUGCAUAGUGUGUUCCAUGCUUGAAAGUGAUUCUGACAAGAGCGUAAUCGAAAUGGUGCAGUGUGAGCUAUGCGGUAGAUGGGCACACUUCGAGUGUGCACAGUACCAGAAGGACAAAGACACCAAAUACUACUGCACAGGGUGCCUUGCACAUUAGUGUACAUUUUGUUCAUCCAGUGUGUGACAUUUUAUUUAUUUAUUUUUUCCCUCAAUUUUUUAUUUUGAUCUUCUGUGGGGCCCUAAAAUUAAGAUAUUAGUGAUCAAUAUAUGUUAUAUUACUUAUACGUUAGUACAUUUGGCCAUAUAUGAAUGAGUUCUUCCUCAGCAAGGCCCCCAGUCUGUACCAGGCACAUCUGGGAACUGUACAGGCGUAGCUGUAAACUGAGGGGGAGACAGUUAAGAGAUAUGAUAGUGACUGGCCAUAGUGGAAAGUACCCAGAACAAUUCUUCAUAACGGCUGAGAACGGCUAAACCAGACUCAUUAAUCAAUAAGUGUCUCAAGAGGCCCAAGGUCGGUCUUCUUCCACGGGAAAGCUGGGUAGGUGAAGGCCAGGGUUUUUAAAAAAAACUGUAACAUGUUGAUUUGUCCACGAUUAACUUCAAAAAAGGGAACAUGGCAUGACGCCAAGAAAUGGGCCGGAAGGAUCCUCCCUAAAACUGAAUGUGUUUGGUAACGAUUAUGUUCAUCCUAUGUAUAGUUAUAUAACGUUAAAAGGUGGAGCUUAAAGCCCCCACCCUUGUUCACCCAAAUACUGUAUAAAAGUGUGUGUAAUUCCUUUGUGCUGUCAGAAGACUGAAGCUUCCUGACCCUAUCUGGCUGACUUCAAGAACAAUAAAAGAUCAACUUAGAACUUCGGAAA